AUCGCCGGCUGCAGGUAUUUGGAGAGCUUGCAUCUCGUCAAUUCAGCAUUGAAAAGAAGCCCACACACGUGGUCUCAACCCACAGAGAAUUUUCGCAUCAUGUCUCGCUUUUCGUCAGCCUCAUCCGACGUAUCGAGUCGGUCUGUUGGAAGCAGCUCUUCCUCAACAGGGAUCGAUGUACCCGACCUGUGUGAGGAGCUUGACAUUGUCUUUAUCCAUGGUCUUGCCGGUGAAGAUUUUCCCACCUGGCAGCCUGAGAAUGGUCGACACCUCAGCGAUCUACUGCGUGGCCGUCUCCCGCAAUACAGAAAUGUAAUCUUCUUCAAGUACAAUCCCGACAUUGUCUUUCGAAGGGACGUGUCGGAACACCAUCUGGAGAAUUGUGCAAACUCACUUCUCGAGCGGAUCUUGAAAUAUUUAAGGCGUGAUAAAGUUGUUCCCAUCGCCAUCAUCGCCCAUGAUCUGGGCGGUAUCAUCGCCAAAGAGGCUUUGAUGCGAGCGAGGCGCUCGGCCAAGUUUCGUCCCAUAGAAAUCUGCGUCCAACUCCUGGUCUUUAUUGGAACACCACAUCGUGCCGGCCCUGAUGACUACGAUGAUUUUGAUUACGUCCUAUGGAGAUUCGACUUAAAAUUACGCAAGACCCUCCAGAGAGGGCCGCUUACUGAGAUCACCAACGGCACUUUGAUGGACGAUGUGACAAAAUACUUUCGUCAUUACGCAUCUCAAUAUGCCAUCCUGAACAUUUACCGGCAUGAGGAUGCACAGCCCAAUGCAGAGGAUAAUCCAGACCCGGUAUAUCCCGGUUACGUUUCGUAUCUGGGGAUGUCCAUCACUCUACAAUGAUGGUGUAGCCAAAACUCCUAGUCUUCUUUGCUUACAUGACCAUUUAGGCAUUCAAGAAAGAGAUCGCCAUGUUUGGCCUCCCCACCGAGAAGGGGUUGGCGCGACAACGACCUCACCUUGAACUAUGCCACUUCUCGGCAGAGGACGAAGACCUUAAAAUCUUGGCGAGGGCCAUCAAGAUAUUCUUAAACCUCGCGCCUUCGACCGUUACUAUGCGGGAUAUAUUAUACUCCUCCACGAGUUGGUGCCACAGUCCAUUAAGCGAACUUUCAACCCGGCAAUUGAGGAC